UGCCAAAGAGGCUUAGAGAGAGUGAAUGAAUGGCUUGGCUAUGGCGGAACCUGACGACGUCGAUGAUGCAACGCGAGCAGCAGCAGCAGCAAGGGUGGUGGGAGUUUGAGGGAGCGUAGCAAGGUUGACGAUGAGGAUGGCUAUCGCCGGAGGUUGACGGAGCGGAAUUGCGAACCCUGCCGAAGGAAAAGGGCAGCAUGAAUGGCGAUAGUGACGGGAGACCGAUACCUGGAGCUACUGGCUCGUUUCAUCGAGCAGGAGGCCGGGAAUCUCCUCGAUGGGACUUUGGUGCUCAAGCUCAACCCCGUGGGAUUGCACUACCUGCAGACGCGCCUGGAGGCACUGCAAGAGCUGGAGCAGCUGCGCAGCGGCGCGCCCGUCGAUUACCUGCGCGCUUAUGUGGCCGAUUUGGGCGACCAUCGCGCGCUAGAGAAGCUCAGGCGCGUGCUGCGUCUGCUAGGAGCCUUGCAAGUGGUGGCGGUCCUGCGGUCGCCCGCUCGCGACCCUACCCCGAUUACUUUGCUCCCGUUCACGAGGCUGAAGAGCCUGGAGCUUCGGGGGUGUGACUUGUCCACCUCGGCCGCGCGAGGGUUGCUCCAAUUGCGACCUAUUCUGGAGAAGCUCGUUUGCUACAAUUCUGCCAAUGCGUUGAGACACAUUUUUGCGGAGCCAACUGUGGAGGUAAAUGUCGCGAUGAAAUGGAGCAGACUAACAGCUGUAGCAUGUCCUUGCAAUGGAUUGGCUCUGAUGGAUGAGUCCCUCCAGCUUCUUCCUGUUGUGGAUACUAUGGAUCUUAGUAGAAACAACUUUGCGAAAGUAGCCAAUCUUCAAAAGUGCACCAGGCUUAAGUUCCUUGACCUUGGAUUCAACCACAUUUCAUCUGUGGCUUCUUUAAGUCAGGUAGUGGGUCCCAUUACUAAGCUAGUCUUGAGGAACAAUGCGCUAGUCUCAACACAAGGAAUAGAGACGCUUCAUUCUCUUGAAGCUCUCGACCUUUCUUAUAAUAUAAUUUCCAAUUUUCAUGAAGUGGAGACUCUUGGCUUUCUGCCAAGUCUUCAGACCUUGUGGUUGAAUGGCAACCCUAUUAGUGUCAGCUCACACUAUCGUGAAGAGGUUUUCAGCUACUUUGAAGAUGCAAGUAAGCUGGAAGUGGAUGGAAAAUUGAUGACGAAGCUGGAGUGUUGGUUAAGGAGCAGAAUGGUCUCUCAGCGGGCUAAGCGCCGAGCCAGUUACGGUGUCUACGCACCUGCGAAGGCUUCCGAUGUGCCUCUUCACAAUACAAGAGACUCUUCAGACCCUCUGCUUUCUCAACCUCGACAACCACACAAGAAAAAGGCCAUACGAGUGGCAUCAAUUGAUGAUCGCACAGUUGACUCUAAGCUAGCUGGAGCAGUUGACAGUGUUCAACAGGAUGUACCUGAAACCGAAACUGCUCCGCUACGGUCAGAAGCGAAGGAGGUUGAUCCUGAGGUAGCCCAACUUAUAGAACAGAUUGAAAACAUGAAAAGGGACGGCUCGAGUACCUGGCUGAAUGAUCUGAUUGGAUUCUGGGAGAACGAAGCUCAAAGUCCAAGUAAUGGCAAUAAAAUCAUGGGUAACAGUGACAGUGGAAGAUGGUCGCAACGAAGGAAGCAAGGCAAGGAAAAGACUAGAAGAAGGUUAGAGGAUUUAACUGUUCCUACAGGCCUUCGAGAAGCUGAACAUGUUCUUGAGUCUGUGGCAAAGUUUAGUAUUGAGGACAAGCCCCUCAGCAGUGAGGGAAUUAUGAGUUCGUGGGAAUCUAGGGAGGAUGGGAACAAUGGACUGCCAGCAUCACCUCCGCAUUAUGACAGUGACCUUAUGCAUAGACGCCAAAGCUUAGUGAAUGAGAUGCUUCGGUUGCCACCAGAUUUGUCUGCCACAAGUGAUAGUGACAGUGAUUCCUUCGAUGAACAUCUACCAGAUUCCGUAUCAGACAUGACUAAUAAUGACUCAAAUGACUCAUUGUCGGUAGUUGAUAAGCAAGUUAUUUUUCAAGAGCUGAAGAGCAAAUCUCCUGAAGAUGUCGGAAUUGAUGUGGAAAAUGCCGUAAAGGGCAGUGGUGGAGGCGCUGGAACCAGCUCUCCUUUGCACUCAGACACUAGCGUGCUUGAAACAGGAAGAAACGACAAGGGGAUUCGAGGUACUGUCGGUGUGACUGAGGAAUCAUCUUCAGCAGAACCCUCCCCGUCAAAGAAGUAUGGUGCGGAGGGAAAUCCUGGAAAUGUUUUUCGCAAGCGGAAACAGAAGAAAACGCGCCGCAUCGUGAUUUUAGAACAAGAAAAAGAUGAAGAAUUAUCUGUGGAUUCAACGAGUCUUUUGCGUAGUGCAGAAGGUUGUCAAACAGACAUGGCACCCCAACUUGCGGCUCCUCCACCAUCUCUUGCAAGAAAUUUAUCACACCAAUUUAUGAGCAGCGGAUCGAGCUCUCCCAAUGUGAGACGGUCCUCUUCUGCUGUUGCGGGGUUGGUGAGGCGGGCGUCUUCUUCAUUAGCUAACACUGUAAAAAUUGCUAGCGACCUCGGUAAUGUCAAAUUCUCGCAGGGAAGCAGUAAUAUUUAGUGUAGAUAUUUUUGCAAAUUAGAAGCGGGAAUUGUGUAUAGCUUUGAAGGUUAUUUGGUGAAUGCAUUUCUGUUAAAUAAUUUUUUUCAAACAGUUCGGAUGCACAUGCUCAAUUCUUUGGUAGGUCUCAUAUUUGCGUUCAUGUACUUCGGAAUCCUCCUGUAGUGAAAUUUCAUUGGGCAAUGUUCAGAUGCCUUGGGUUUA